GUCGAUUGUUCAAUGGAGAAGUUUUGGCGCAACGAUCGUGGCGUCAGCAGCCAGCUUUGUCGAUAAUGCAAGACUAGCGGAGAACAUGGCGGGCUGCCUUGUGAACGUACCUAGUACCUGGUACCUAGUAGUAGGGUCUUCCACAAAUUGUGCACUUGACUUCAGAGGCUGUUCCUACCACGUUUCUACAGGAUUGAAGGCGCACUGUUGCAUGGUCAAGGCCUCAUCAAGCCCUUCUUUGAAGAUUUGGGAAGUGGGUUUGCAAGGUCACAGCCCUGAAAAUUGGACCGGCAGGAUUUGCGGGUGCUCCGGUUCCGUACCUUCCCAGCCCUUGAGUUGGUAAAAGCAGAUUCUGGGCUGCCUGCUGCUGGCCGUCUCUUGAAAUAGUGCUGGGCAGUACUUCCCAAGGGCAACCCUGAAUGUAGCCUGAAGCAAUUCUUGGAAAGUGAGGCCCUUCUGAGCAUGCUCAAAAGCUGGCAAGCUGCCGAAGUUGCUCCACUUGUCUCGUGGGGCAAGAGUCUAUUGACAAGAAGUUGAAAGGGAUCUUCAGAGAGCCAGGGCAUGAAUGCCUAAGCAGUGGUUUACCUCGAGUUCAUAGAUAAAGCCAAGGGAUUGCAGCACACCAUAGCAUCCAGGCAUAAAGCAAGACAAAGCAGGGAGCACUGGGCGUGAGCUCAAUAAUACGAGGGGCAUUUUACCAGCAUGAGCACAGGACAGUGACUGCUUGCUUCGUAAAGUAGCUCAGGGAAGAGCAGUUUGCUGCUGCAGGUGUUAAGCGCAGCUCACCAGGCAGAGCUCCCGCAUUUCCCCAGUGCUAUAUCAGAAUGGAGGCUGAGGAGUUGGCCAUUGUCCUCAGCCGCGCGAGCGACCUCCACAUCAAAAUUUCCGAGGCCAUCGAGCGCUCCAUGAAGUCGCAACGCGUGUCCGCCGGGUCCGACAGCCCGAGCACCGUUCUAGACACCGUCUCCUCGGAAAACAGCGCGAGCGGUUCUCCCAGGGUUAUUGAUUUCAACUAUGAAUCCACCCCCCUCUCGGACAGCAAGCCUUGGCAGGGCCCCAGCAAAGAGGCGAGGAGUUUGGUGGCUAUCAGAGAAGCCUUGGAGACGCUGGAGGUGCAACUGGAAGAUCUGCAGAAACUGCAGGCGGUGCAGAUGCAGGAGCGGGAGAAUGCGCUGGCGGAGCUUGAGGAGAGCCGCAGGAUGCUGCUCAGGCGGUUGAGGGAGCACCAGGGAAAGGAAUGGGAGGUUGUCAACGAAGCGCUUGCUUUCGCUGGGGAGCCCGUCGAGGAUCUUGCCGAAGACGACGACGACUUUCCGGAAGACGAAGAAAACGACCUUGAAGACGAAGAAGCUUUCGAGGGCUCUCCAGAAAUCGGAGAAAACACCGGUGCCGAGGAGGAGCCAACAACCCCGGUCACCCCGCCAAGCGUUUUUACGCACGCCCUAGAAGGGAGGGGGUCAGACCCCGUUUCCAAUCUGGAAGCGAGUUUGAACCUGGUUGCGGAUGACCCGGAAGAGGAGGAUAAAGAAGCGGAAAGCGGGGGCCCGUUGCCCGGUUUCGGCAAGGCGCUUCUGAGCGUGUUGGGGGCGGGGCUGGCCGCCGCGGCGGCCGUUGCGGCGUUCAGUUUCGCAAAGGAGAAAGGUGGGGCGUACGGCGCUAACGAGAUCCGGCGCGAGGCUCCGACUGCGACGUUGUCCAACUGGGCGCUGCAGAGGGAGAAGAGCGGGCUGGGAGCCCAGCGCGAUGGGAUGCCGCUGUGCACUGUGAGGGAGCGGACAGUGAGCCCAGUGAAGAAGGGGCGGUCGGCGGACGUGCUCCUGGCGAGGGGGUGAGAAGCGGGCUAACCCAGGGCGGUUAAGGGUCUGACCUGGGGAGGCUGAGGCCUCCGCUUGGCAAGGUAAAUGGCUGAUCGACAAUCUUGUGAAUGAUGAGAGGGGCGGCAUGCCUUCCUUCAGAGUUUCCGCUGUUACUAUUUGUCGCAAAAUUGGCGGCUGCGACUCAGCCCAGUAGGGCAAGAAAGCAAAUAGGAGAGUGAGCCAGUUGAGAGCUAGCUUGAGGGCUGGCUUGGGGGCUCGUCUUUCCCGUGUGAGAACAUUCACGGACGGCCGUAGUGUAACGUGACAGAAUACAGGGGGUGAGUGGGAGGUAGAUGUGGACAUACAAGUGGACUAAGCGGCAAGAGAGGUUGGAACCGGUUUGACACGGAUUUCUGCAUCCUUAGGCUAGAGUAGGACGGGUAGGUUAGGGGUUCGAAUCUGCAUGAAAGCAAUGCAAGUAGAGGAGAGCAAGCCGCCAACAAAUUCGUUGAGAGGUUGGGGUGAAUGUUUGCUCUGACAUGUGACUUCAAAGAUUGGGGUUGGUGUUUCGCAUUGCUUUAGUGUCACAGACGCCUACUUCUAAGAUGCCGCACUUCAAGUAUUCCAAGCGACCACUGCCAAUGAUAAGUUUUGCGUAUAAUCAAUGACCAUUCGUAACGCUUGUGUGGCAACCAUGUAAAUCGGCAACAAACGUGGC